CAGUUUACAAUCAGAAUUCACGUCAGCUGGCUGACCUCAGCCCCUGUAUUAUGUGAAUUGUGUAAGCAAUACAUACAAAUAAAAUUGGUAUUAAAUAAAUAGUUUUCCCUAGAAAACAGAGGAUCACUUCAUAAAAAAUGCUGAAUUCAAUUUUUCGUGGUCUCCUGGGCACGGAGGAAGCUCCGACCAAAGUGAUAGAGGUGCGGUCAGACAACUACAUUUCAAGGCCGAUACACUACCGUGAAGAUUCGAUGUUACUAUAUGGACCAAAAAAUCCCCCAGACGGCAAAAAUACUAAAGAGAAAUACUACGAAAUAGUACUUCAUAAACCCUUUACUGAGAGCUUACAUCAGAUGUACAGCCUAUUUCGUGCAAAAACCUUAGAGUCAGCUGAGGAGAAAUUUAUAGUAUAUAAAGAAAGAAUACCUAUAUUUAUUAAGAUUACCAAAGAGUGCACAGUAGCGAUACUCCAGAAGCUGUGUGACACAUUAUCGGAACACCAAUCAUGGACGAUUGCUCACAUGGUCGCUCACUUCGGCCUGAGCGAGCUUUUCAAUGAUCCUGAGGUCCAGAAACAUAUUGAUAGCAUUGAUCCUUUGACUGGAGCUACACCAUUAAUGGUGGCUGUAAAAUCAUGCAAUGUCCGUAUGGUCCAAAGUUUAGUCUCUCUGAAUUCUUCGCUCGAUGUAAUUGACCUUGAAGGUAACACAGUGUUCCACUAUGCAGCAGCCAGCAACAAAGAAAUUAUUAAUGCAUUGGCCAGCAAGAGCCCUUCCUCCCUCAACGUCUACAACAAGCAGGGCUACACCCCCCUCCAUACAGCAUGCCUGGCCGACGCGCCCGAUUGCGUACGCGCACUCAUGUUGGCAGGCGCCGAUGUCAAUCUGACAGCUGCCAAACGAUCUACCAGCUUGUUACCAGCUCGUGCCGAUAGCAGCAUGACGGCUUUUAGAAAAUCUGCUACAAUACUGUCAGGCAUAGUAGGCGACUUGCUACACGACAACCAACCGAAACUAUACCAACAGGACAUGAAACACGGAGGCACGCCAAUCCACUGGGCCAUAUCCCGGGAAGUCAUUGAGGCACUCGUCGACAAAAACUGCGAUAUUAACGCUCUGAACUUCGAUGGGAGGACGGCCUUACACAUCAUGGUGUUAAGAGGUCGUCUCGAAUGCGCUAUGGCGUUACUCUCAAGGGGGGCUGAACAUUCUAUAGGGGACAAUGAAGGGAACACUCCCUUGCAUUUGGCAGUUAAACAAACGAACAUAGCAAUAGUACAAGCGCUGAUUGUUUUUGGUGCUAAUUUAGAAGCAAAGAAUAAUAUGGGCAAUACGGCGAGACAUAUUCUGCCUACGGAGAUGUCGAGCAGCAAUUAUGAUAAGAUUCUGUAUGUUUUGCAUGCUGUUGGUGCUAGAAGAUGUCCUCCUGAAGUAUCAGGCUGUGGUCCUGGAUGUUCAGCCCGAGGUGAUUACAAUGGAGUGCCACCUCCUCCCGUCGCCAGGAGUUCCACCAGGGACCUGGUCAGCCAGAUGCUCUCCGUCGCAGCCAUGGAGAGAGCUGCGUGUUACGAUACUAAUCAGAAGCAGGGACGGUUACUCUGCCUAGACGGUGGUGGCAUUCGUGGCCUAGUAUUAGUCCAAGUGCUAAUAAACUUAGAAGAAGCUGUAGGCCAACCUAUAAUCCACUGCUUCGACUGGAUAGCAGGCACCAGUACGGGAGGCAUUCUGGCCUUGGCCCUAGCCAGUGGGAAGUCGCUCAGAGACUGUCAGAGACUCUACUUUAGGAUGAAAGAAUUCGCCUUUGUUGGCAUGAGGCCUUAUCCUUCGGAAGCCUUGGAAACUAUACUGAAGGACUGUUUAGGUACCGAGACAGUAAUGGCUGACAUAGAACAUCCAAAGCUGAUGAUCUUAGCAGUACUAGCCGAUAGGAAACCAGUUGACUUACACAUAUUCAGGAACUACAAGUCUGCGCAAGAGAUUCUUGAUGACCACAAUGGAACCACAAGUCCUCACGCAGAAGCCGGUGAUCAGGCGUCAGUGGUAUCCCUGGCGGCGCCGCCCCCGCCUGCUGAACAGUUGGUGUGGCAAGCUGCCAGGGCCACGGGUGCUGCACCCUCGUAUUUUAGGGCUUCAGGCAGAUAUUUAGACGGCGGUCUAAUGGGUAACAACCCAACAUUGGACGUGCUAACAGAGUUAACUGAACUGAAUCUCGCGCUGAGAGCUACGGGACAACAUGAAGAGGCUAAGAAGACUAAUCUUAAAGUAGUCGUGUCUUGUGGUACAGGUCUAAUUCCAGUAUCGAAGUUAAAAGACAUAGAUGUGUUCAAACCAGAGAGUUUGUGGGACACUGCGCGACUGGCUUGGGGACUAUCAGCCAUCGGAGGUCUACUGGUCGACCAGGCGACUCAGUCAGACGGCCGCGUGGUGGACCGGGCCCGGGCGUGGUGCAGCGCGGUGGGGGUGCCGUACUACCGCUUCGCGCCGCAGAUGUCGCGCGACGUGGCGAUGGACGAGCGGCAGGACGACGUGCUCGUCACCAUGCUGUGGGAGGCGCAUGCCUACAUGUACGCGCACAGGGACAGGGUCAAUGAACUCGCUGCCUUGCUUCGGGAUGACCAAACAUCUAAAAAUUGAUCUGCACGAUAGAACUACACGGGUACGUAAACCAUAGCUUAUAGUUAACUAAUACGCAUAAUAUUUGAAUAUUGAAUGUAUAUUUAACAAUUUGUCUGACAUUAUAUAAAUUGGCAGGGUUUAGUUAAGUAAACAUCUUAGUUAUAUGUAUAAGGUAUUUUUUGUUUUUUUUUGCUCUGACAACUAGAACAAUUAAAGUAAACAAUAUUUGUUGUUGUUAUCACAUUCCUAGUAGGAAUAUUUGACAUUUAUGACGAUUUAGUUUUUAUAUGACGUAAAAAUCAUUCGGAUUUUCUGUCAUGAAAAUAAUAGUGCUAAGGUCUUUAUUUUUCGAAAAAACAUCACAGUUAAAUGUGCAAUAUAUUUUUCUGUUAUUUUUAUUUACUAGUAGUUUGUAAGUGUUGUAUGAAAUUGUUGUUUUUAUGAUUAAACCUAUACUAUCUGCAUGUAUAAAUUAAUUAUUCAUGAUGGCAACACUUGUAUUUUAAUUACAGUGUUGCUACACACUUUAGUCGACAAAUGUGAUUAUAAUAUAGCAUUCCCACAAUACAUUAUUCUUGACAUAAUAUACUUCAUCUUUAAUUGCAUUCCUUAAAGGAAUUUAUACAUUUUAAUGUAUUCCACAUCUUAUUUAUAAAUUGCCAUAAUAUAUUGCAUUUUCUGUA